CUCGGCUCCUCCUCCUCCGUUCCCUUCUCCUCCAUCUUCUCUCAGCUCUUCAUGACUGUUGUGGUUCCUCUGAUCCUGGGUCAGGUGUGUCGUGGUUUCCUCAGGGAGUAUCUGGAGCGGAGAAAGCCUCCGUUCGGUGCCGUCAGCAGCGCCGUCCUCCUCAUGAUCAUCUAUACCACCUUCUGUGACACCUUCAGUAACCCCAACAUCGAACUGGACCCCACCAGCCUGCUGAUGGUCGUCCUCAUCAUUUUCUCCAUCCAGCUGAGCUUCAUGCUGCUCACGUUUGCCUUUUCUACCAGGUCAGGCUCAGGAUUCAGCCCUGCAGACACUGUCGCCAUCGUGUUCUGCUCCACACACAAGUCUCUCACUCUGGGUAUCCCCAUGUUAAAGAUCGUGUUCGAGGGCUACGAGCAUCUCUCUCUGAUCUCAGUCCCUCUGUUGAUCUACCAUCCGGCUCAGAUCCUGCUCGGCUCCGUACUUGUACCGACCAUCCGCAGCUGGAUGACCAGCCGUCAGAAGUCUAGUCUGUUGUUGAGAUAGGGCCGCAUUCCAACACCACUGACCUGAACCGUGAAACUAUCAACUCUUCAGCCCAUCUGACGAAACUGAAACAAGUGUUUUGGUAGUUCUGCACAAGUAUGUGUGUGUUUGUGCUGUGACGGUGGACUACUGCGGAGGGAUACAGCAGUACGUGCCUUAUUACAACCAAUCAACAGAGACCUCAGCCCGACGGAGGGGACGAAGCGUGCCAGUUGCCUCGAUAUUCUCCGUUUCUACGACAACGAAAAAUUCUCAAAAAUUAUUUCCAUCAUAUAUAUAUUCUUUUAUAUUUAAAAGAAUCAAAUGUACAAGUUUAUUUUUAUAUGAAGUACCCAAAAAAUUCUGCAAAAAGAGGACAGCUGUUAUUCGUUUUUUAAGCACAUGGAGAGUUUGUUUUGAAAAACAGCACCUCCCAGCAGGAACAGGAAGGGUGGAGUUACUGGGACCAUUCUUUUUUAUUUCUCUUGCUAUUUUUUCACAUUUUUCUACUGUAUCUUUCUUCUGGCUGUCACUGCCAGAAAGUGUGGACGUUUGUUACAUUUAUGCUCUUGAUAGAAACAAAUGAAUGCUGGAUUAUCAGACAUUUAAAAUACAGUUAUAAUAAUGACAGCUGUUUGGAUUUUUGACACUUUCUUAAAAUAACAUUUGUGUUUGUUGACAAGAAGCAGUCCAGUAGUGACAACUUUGAGAUGAUGGUGUGGAGUUAACUCCAAAUGAAGGUAUGAUGGGAAGAAAGUUUAAUUUAACACAAUAUCAUAAUCUUUCCUUCUUUUACGUCUAUAGUCUUGCAUCUAUAUGUAGAUGAUAUCCUUUUUUUUUACAUCUAUGGUAAUGUUUGCCGACAUCGUAUUGAUCACAAAUUACCAUCUCUCAUUGCUCGUAAUGUUACGCUAAUGAUGUUUCGCAGGUAUGUUUUCCAUAAUCACCAUGCUAACAUUUGCUAAUUAGCGCUAAACAAAAAGUACAGCAGAAACUGAUGGUAAUGUCAUUAGUUGUGAAUGUAUUUGGUUAUAAAACAGUGUUGCAUAAAAAGUCAGGGGAUCCCCAAAGUUAUUAUAGUUCAUCCUGAGGUGACAUGUCUGUCCCAAAUUCAUGGCAAUCAAUCCAACAGUUAGACAUAUCAGGGCCAUAUCACUCAAAACUACAAUAGCUUGUUUGCCCAUGAUGUCACUUUACUGCGUUCCUGUGGUCCAAAAAAAAAAAAAAAGCCUGUUGUGAAUCGUUAAUUGUGUUCUCUAAAUAAUCAAACUUAGAAACCCCAAGGAACUUUUAUCAAGUACCAAAAAGUUGUUGACUCAAAUUGACUGAAAAAUGCUAGAAAACUGCUUCCGAGUACUUCUGUGGACAGGGCAGCAGCAAAUAGCAGUUUAAGGGUAUGCUAUAUUUAGAAUAUUUUCAUCACUUUAGCUUGCUGUCAGCCUUUUCUGAUUGGGAACUGAAGCGCUAUAUCAAUGUCCUCAAAGUCACCAGACUCCUUUUAACAAAAGUCAAAUGAUUCUGGUGGCUUCAGUUCGCCAUCGGAAAGGCCAAGUCUUUAAAUUCAGCUGAUAAUCGCAUCCAGCAUAGGUGAUUUUCUGUUUUGCUCUUUCUCUCUAAUAUUGUUUAAACUAGCACCGAAGAGACUUUCCUCCAUCUUAUCCAUUCUGUUCUGUGCCACUUCCUGCCCUCCAUCUGAAUUUAACGUGUCAUCAGUAUCACGUAAUUGCAAACAAGCUAUUGUCAAGCUCACAAUGGUACAAGAGGAAAUGACAGGGGACCAGCAAAGUCUAUAGGAUUCAUCCUCUGGGAACCAUGAAUGUCUACACAAAAUUCCAUCUAAAACAUUGUAGUUGUUGAGAUAUUUGACAGGAUGAGUUAGCAAAGAUCACCAAAGUACUUGGGUUUCAUCAUCUGGGUACCAUGAAUGUCUGUACCAAAUGUCAUGGCAAUCCAUCCCGUAGUUGUUGAGAUAUUUUAGACCAAAGUGGACUGACCAACAGACUGACACUGCCAUUUAUAUAGCCACGCUAGGGGUAAAUAUAAAAUUAAGGUCUUGAAACAAGGUCGUGGCCUAGUAAUCAAACUGAUAUGGUCAAUGACUGAGGCGUCUGGAAUACGAUUUGCCCUAUUCAGAGGGAUGACAAUGAAUGUAUCAUCCAUGAAAGACUUAUUCUCCGUGCAUUCAUACAAGGCUGACAGUAUUUUGAGCCAGCGUUGGUCGGUUUGUGAUUGUGGUUUUAUGGACCAGACUGUCAAACGCGUAUAUAACAAGGGCUUGACUUUGUUCAGGGGCUGGUCUCACUACUUACAUCCCUCUGAUGUCAAUUCUGAUUUUCCUAGGACCUUCUUAUGAAGAUAUUUGAGGGCCUCAGUUCUAAACAGCUGAUUGUGUUUCUGUUGUAGUAGAAUUAGUAUGUUAACAUUACCAUCACUCUUUCCUAAAUCAGUCUACUUGAUAGUAGCACCCUGACCAACCAUGGGAAGUUGCUAGUCUAAUGAACAUCAAUGAACAUCAGGACAUGAUGCCUCACAGGCUUCCCAUUAACAUACACUGCCACUGGAUUGUAAGUGUGUGUAGGACAUCCAACUAUCGUAACAUUACCAAUCCCUUUUUCCUAAACAUGACCACAAUCUUACCUUAAAUCUGCAAUAAUUGAAGUUUUUUGGCAAGUUAUGCAAACAGCAAUGAUAUAUUACUGCCUUUUAAUUUAGAAAUGCUUAGUAAAACAGUUGUUUAUUUACACAUCCAGCAGUUGUACAACAAAAUUAUCAUUCAUUGGUAGUCGUGUUUGUGUCCACCUGAUGAAUGUAAGUCCAGUAUUCACUCACUUUUAGCUCAGUUUUUUGUCUCUACCAGCUCCUGAGGGAAAUAUCUGACUCUUUAGCUGCUAAAUGCUCCAUUAUGUUUACCGGUUAGUUGCUAACUGUGUCUGUCUGCUGUUUGGUGCUGAACAGCAGCUUCUUAAGGCCAAAAAUUACUAUGUUAACCAGAACAGUUAAGUUGUGGACCACAGCGAAAAACAGUGAGCUAAAACUCACUACAAAGCUCCAUAAAGCAGAGGGGAGCUGCAUAUUCAGGUGAUGAUUCUUUGUAGGUACAUCACUACAAGUGACAUCUUUCACAUUAUCAUUUAAUAUAUUACUAUAAUGUAAUGUUAAAAUAAAAAAAUAUCUGUUAUAGCUGCUUUAAACAGGUGUUUUAUUUGCCUAACCCCAACCAUACCUUAACCAUAGUCUUUGCCACAAACACAAUCUUUCCUAUAGCUGUCAGGUGAAGAAAGAAAUGAAUUUAAAAACAUUGGCCUUGGAUGUUAAAAGACAUUGUAAUUGAACAUAGUCUUGUUCAAGAAUCUUCAUUGUUAUGUCUGACAAUAGCGCCGGGAAGCAAAAGUCUAUUUCUUGAAUAACCUUCACAGAUACCAGAGUGUUUGUUGAGAAUGUUACUGAUUUGAUCUACAGACACAAAGAACGACUUCAGCUCCAUGUUUUCAGCCUGGUUGGUAGAUAUUUAUGUAUCUCUAACAAACAGGAGUCAUCCACUGUUACUAUGGAGGUUAUUAAAGCCUCUACAACGCUAAUGCCAUUUCAUUGGCUGUCCAGUAACAGUUGAGUUUAUAGUCAGCCUCUGUCUGUUUACAGUGUUAUUGUUUUGCCAGUAGUAUAUUUUGGGAAGAAAUAUGGUCAACUGGGUAUGUGUGGGUCUGUUCUGCUGCUUGUUUACAUAAGAAGGUAUAAGGAAAUAAACCU